AUGAUAACUACAGCUGGUGUUACGACGUCAACAGCAGCACCAAUAACAACAGCUGUUGAACCUACCACCGCAGGUGUCUUCCCGACAUCUACAGCUGCUGCCACAACAACCACAGCUGCACCAACAACAACCAAAAAAGAUCCAAAGACAACCACACCUGGAGUUACAACAACAACAACAACUGCAACAAUAACAACAGCUGCUGAAACUUCAGAUACGGCUAUAACAACCACAGCAGCACUAGCAGUGACCACAGUUGCUCCAACAACAACCACAGCUGCCCCUACAACAACCACAGAUAUGCCGACAACCACCGCUACCCCCACAACAGCAACGGCUGCCCCCAUGAUAACUAUAGCUGGUGUUACGAGUUCAACAGCAGCACCAAUAACAAAAGCUUUUGAUCGUACCGCCACAGGUGUCUCACCGACAACUACAGCUGCUGCCACAACAACAAGAGGUGGACCAACAACAACCACGGCUGUGGAGACGACUACAACAGCAGCAGCCACAAGAAGAACAGCUGCCGCAACAACAACCAAAGCAGAUCCAAAAUUAACCACAUCUGGAGUUACAAAAACAACAGCUGCACCAAUAACAACAGAUGCUGAAACUACAUAUACGGAUAGAACAGCCAAAGUUGAACCCACAACAACCACAGCUGCUCCCACAACAACCACAGAAGCACUAACAACAACAGCUGUCGCGAUGACUACAACAGCAACAACACCAACAGCUGUCUCAACAACAACUACAGCAGCUCCAACAACAACCAUAGACGGAGUCAUGAGUACAACAACAGCUGAAAAAAUAACAAGAGCUGCUGAAACUACAGAUAUGGCUUCAACAACCACAGCUGCACCCACAACAACCAGAGCUGCUCCCACAAAAAGCAAAUCAGCAACAACAACCAUAGAUGCUUCCACAAAAACAACAACUGCUGCAACAACAACCACAGAUAUACCGACAACCACAGCUGCCCCUACAACAACCACAGCUGGCCCCACUACAACCACAGCUGCUCCGACUACAAUCGCAGCUGGUGUUAGGACGACAACAGUUGCACCAAUAAAAACAGCUGCUGAAACCACCACCACAGGUGCCUUCCAAUCGAAUACAGGUGCUGCCACAACAACCACACCUGAACAAACAUCAACCACAGCUGUCGCUACGACAACAACAGCAGCAGAGACAACAACAUUAGCUGCCGCAACAACGACAGCAGCUCCAACGACGAGAACAGCUUUAACAACCACAGAUAUGCCGACAACCACCGCUGCCCCCACAACAACCACAGCUGCCUCCAUGAUAACUACAGCUGGUGUUACGACGGCAACAGCUGGACCAAUAACAGCUCCUGAAACUACAUAUAUGGCUACAACAACAACAGCUCCACCCACACCAACCACAGCGACUCUCACAGCAACCACGGCUGCCCCCAUGACAACCACAGCUGGUGUUUUGAGGACAAAAUCAGCUGCUGAUACUUCCACCACAAGUGCCUCCCCGACAACUACAGCUGCUGCCUCAACAACAACAAAUGCACCAACAACAACCACAGCUGGAGUUACCACAACAACAGAUGCACCAAUAACAACUAAAACUACAGAUAAGGAUUCAACAACCACAGUUGAACUCACAAAAACCACAACUGCUCCAACAACCACAGCUGCCCCUAUAACAACCAGAGCAGCAGCAACAACAACCACAACUGCUCUCACCACAACCACAUCUGCUCCCACCACAACCACAUCUGCUCCCACAACAACCACAAUUGCUCCCACAACAACCACAGCUGGUCCAACAACAACCACAGCUGCUCCCACUUUAAACACAGCUGCUCCAACAUCAACCAGAGCUGCUCCAAAAACAACCACAGAUAUACCAACAACCACUGCUGCCACUACGACAAACACAGCUGGUGUUACGACGAUAGAAGCUGCACCGACAACUACAGCUGCUGCUACAACAACCACAGCUGCAUCAAUAACAACUAAAAAAGAUCCAAAGACAACCACAGCUGGAGUUACAACAACAACAGCAGCAGAAAUAACAACAGCUGCUGAAACUACAGAUACGGCUAUAACAACCACAGCUAAACCCAUUACAACAACAUCAGCUCUCAUAAUAAACACAGCAGCACUAGCAAUGACCACAGUUGCUUCAACAACAACCACAACUGCCCCUACAACAACCACAUAUAUGCCGACAACCACCGCUGCCCCCACAACAACCACAGCUGCCCCCAUGAUAACUACAGCUGGUGUUACGACGUCAACAGCAGCACCAAUAACAACAGCUGUUGAACCUACCACCGCAGGUGUCUCCCCGACAACUACAGCUGCUGCCAUAACAACCACAGCUGCACCAACAACAACCAAAAAAAAUCCAAAGACGACCACACCUGGAGUUACAACAACAACAGCUGCAACAAUAACAACAGCUGCUGAAACUACAGAUACGGCUAUAACAACCACAGCUACACCCAUAACAACCACAGCAGCACUAGCGGUGACCACAGUUUCUCCAACAACAACCACAGCUGCCCCUACAAUAACCACAGAUAUGCCGACAACCACCGAUGACCCCACAACAGCAACGGCUGCCCCCAUGAUAACUGCAGCUGGUGUUACGACUUCAACAGCAGCACCAAUAACAAAAGCUGUUGAACCUACCGCCACAGGUGUCUCACCGACAACUACAGCUUCUGCCACAACAACAACAGGUGGACCAACAACAACCACAGCAGUGGAGACGACUACAACAGCAUCAGCCACAACAAGAACAGCUGCCGCAACAACAACCAAAGCAAAUCCAAAAACAACCACAUCUGGAGUUACAAAAACAACAGCUGCACCAAUAACAACAGAUGCUGAAACUACAUAUACGGAUAGAACAACCAAAGUUGAACCCACAACAACCACAGAAGCACUAACAACAACAGCUGUCGCUAUGUCUACAACAGCAACAACACCAACAGCUGUCUCAACAACAACAACAGCAGCUCCAACAACAACCAUAGACGGAGUUAUGAGUACAACAACAGCUGCAAAAAUAACAAGAGCUGCUGAAACUACAGAUACGGCUUCAACAACCACAGCUGCACCCACAACAACCACAGCUGCUCCCACAAAAACCAAAUCAGAAACAACAACAACCAUAGAUGCUUCCACAACAAAAACAACUGCUGCAACAACAAUCACAGAUAUACCGACAACCACAGCCGCCCCCACAACAACCACAGCUGCCCCCACUACAACCACAACUGCCCCCACUACAAUCGCAGCUGGUGUUAGGACGACAACAGUUGCACCAAUAAAAACAGCUGCUGAAACCACCACCACAGGUGCCUUCCAAUCGAAUACAGCUGCUGCCACAACAACCACAGGUGCAAAAACAUCAACCACAGCUAUCGCUACGACUACAACAGCAGCAAACACAACAUUAGCUGCCGCAACAACGACAGCAGCUCCAACGACUAGAACAGCUUUAACAACCACAGAUAUGCCAACAACCACCGCUGCCCCCAUGAUAACUACAGCUGGUGUUACGAUGACAACAUCUGGACCAAUAACAGCUGCUGAAACUACAGAUACGGCUACAACAACAACAGCUGCACCCACACCAAUCAAAGCGACUCUCACAACAACCACAGUUGCCUCAUUGACAACCACAGCUGGUGUUUUGAGGACAACAGCUGUGUCAAAAACAACAACUGCUGAUACUACCACCACAAGUGCUUCCCCGACAACUACAGCUGCUGCUUCAACAUCCACAGAUGCACCAAGAACAACCACAGCUGGAGUUACGACAACAACCGAUGCACCAAUAACAUCAGCUGCUGAACCUACAGAUAAGGAAGCAACAACCACAAUUGCACUCACAAAAACCACAACUGCUCACACAAUAACCACAGCUACUACCACAACAACCACAGGUGCUCCCACAACAACAACAGCUGCCCCCACAACAACCACAGCUGCUGCAAAAACAACCACAGAUAUACCAACAACCACAGCUUCCCCUACAACAACCAUAGCUAGUGUUACGACGAUAGCAGCUGCACCGGUAACAACAGCUUCUGAAACUACCACCACAGGUGGCUCCCUGUCAACUACAGCUGCUGCCACUCCCACCACAGCUGGACCAACAACAACCAAAAAAGAUCCAAAGACAUCCACAUCUGGAGUUACAACAACAACUUCUGCACCAAUAAAAACAGCUGCUGAAACUACAGAUACGGCUAUAACAACCACAGCUGCACUCACAACAACAACAGCUGCCCCUACUACAACCACAGCUGCCCCCAUGAUAACUACAGCUGGUGUUACGACGUCAACAGUAGCACCAAUAACAACAGCUGUUGAACCUACGACCACAGGUGUCUCCCCAACUACAACAGUAGCAGCCACAACAACAACAGCUGCAGCAACAACAACCAAACCAGAUCCAAAAACAACCACAUCUGGAGUUACAACAACAGCUGCACCAAUAACAACAGCUGCUGAAAAUACAUAUACAGAUAGAACAACCACAGUUGUACCCACAAUAAUCACAGAUGCUCCCACAACAACCACAGAAGCACUAACAACAACAGCUGUCGCUAAGACUACAACUGCAACAACACCAACGGCUUUCGCAACAACAACCACAGCAGCUCCAACAACAAACACAGAUGGAGUUACGACAACAACAGCUGCAAAAAUAACAACAGCUGCUGAUACUAAUUAUACAGCUUCAACAACCACAGCUGCACCCACAACAACCAAAGCUGCUUCCACAUUAACCACAGCUGCUCCCACAAAAACCACAUCAGCAACAACCAAAGCUGAUCCAACAACAACCACAACUGCCGCAACAACAACCACAGAUAUGAAGACAACCACAGCUGUCCCCACUACAACCACAGCUGGUGUUAGGACGACAAAAGUUGCACCAAUAAAAACAGCUGCUGAAACUACCAAAACAGGUGCCUCCCAGACAACUACAGCUGCACCCACAACAACCACAGAUGCACAAACAUACACCACAGCUGUCACUACAACUACCACAGCAGCAGCCACAACAAUAUUAGCUGCCGCAAUAACGGCAGCAGCUCCAACGACGAGAACAGCUUCAACAACCACAUAUAUGAUGACAACCACCGCUGCCCCCACAACAACCACAGCUGUGGCGACAACUACAACAGUUGCACCCACAACAACCACAGCUCCUCCCACAACAACCACAGAAGCACUAACAACAAUAGCUGUCGCUACAACUACAACAGCAACAACACCAACAGCUUUCGCAACAACACAAACAGCAGCUACAGCAACAACCACAGAUGGAGUUAAGACAACAACAGAUGCAAAAUUAACAAGACCUGCUGAAACUACAGAUACGGCUUCAACAACCACAGCUGCACCCACAACAACCACAGCUGCUCCCACAAAAACAAAAUCUGCCACAAGAACAACCAUAAAUGCUCCCAUAACAACAACAAAUGCUGCAACAACAACCAUAGAUAUACCAACAACCACAGCUGCCCCCACUACAACCGCAGCUGCCCCCACUACAACCGCAGCUGGUGUUAGGACGACAACAGUUGCACCAAUAAAAACAGCUGCUGAAACCACCACCACAGGUGCCUCCCAAUCAAGUACAGCUGCUGCCACACCAACCACAGCCGCACAAACAUCAACCACAGCUGUCGCUACGACUACAAAAGCAGCAGCCACAAUAUUAGCUGCCGCAACAACGACAGCAGCUCGAAUGACGAGAACAGCUUUAACAACCACAGAUAUGCCGACAACCACCACUGCCCCCACAACAACCACAGCUGCCCCCAUGAUUACUACAGCUGGUGUUACGAUGACAACAGCUGGACCAAUAACAGCUGCUGAAACUACAUAUACGGCUACAACAACAACAGCUGCAUUCACACCAACAACAGCGACUCUCACAACAACCAUGGCUGCCCCCACUACAACCACAGCUGCCCCCACUACAACCGCAGCUGGUGUUAGGAUGACAACUAUAGCUGUGUUUACGACAACCAUAGCCCUCCCCACAUCAGCCAAAGCUGCUCCCACAACAAGCACAGGUUCCGCCACAACAACCACAGCUGCUCCCAGAAUAACCACAGCAGCAACAACGACAACUACAGCUGCUGCUAGAACAGCUUCAACAACCACAGAUAUGCCGACAACCACCACUUCCCCCCCAACAACCACAGCUGCCCCCAUGAUAACUACAGCUGGUGUUACGACGACAACAGCAGCACCAAUAACAACACCUGUUGAACCUACCACCAAAGGUGUCUCCCCGACAACUACAGCUGCUGCCACAACAACCACUGCAGCGCUAAUGACAACUACAGCUGAGGCUACGACAAAUACAGAUACAGCUACUACAACCACAUAUGCACACACAACAACCACAGCUGCACCCACAACACCCACAGGUGCCCCCACAAUAACCACCGCUGCUGCUACGACAACAACAGCGGUGGCUAUAUCAAACACAAGUUCACACACAACAACCACAGGUACAGCAAUGACAACCACAGCUGCUGCCGCAACAACCACAGCUGAACCAAUGGCAAACACUGUAGCACCAAUGCCAACUGCAGCUACGACAACUACACAUAAAGCUACAACAACCACAGCUGCUGCUACGACAACAACGGCUGCGGCUACAACAACCACAGCUGCACCAACGACAUCCACAGGUGCUGAAACAACAACCACAGCUGAACCAACUAUAACAACAGCAGCAGCCCCAAUGACAACUACAGCAAUGACAACUACAGGUAUGGCUACAACAACCACAGCUGCACCCACAACAAAUACAGCUGCUCACACAACAACCACAGCUGCUCCCACUACAAGCACAGAUGUUCCCACCACAACCACAGCAGUAUCAACGACAACUACAUCUGCAGCUACAACAACCACAGCUAUACAAACCACAACCAAAGCAGCACCAAUGACAACUACAUCUUCGCCUAUGACAACUACAGAUGUGCCUACAACAACGACAGCUGCUCCCACAGCAACCACAGCAGCACCAAUGACAACUACAGCUUCUGCAGCGACAACAACCACAGCUUCCCCCACAUUAACCACAGCUGCAGCAAUGACAAAUGCAGCUCUGGCUACAACUACUACAGAUACGGCUACAACAACCACAGCGGCACCCACAACAAUCACAAAUGCUCCCACAACAACCACUGCUGCACCCACAACAACCACUGUUGCAACCACAACAACCACAGCUGCGCCCACAACAACCACAUAUGUUCCAACAACAACCACAGCAGCAGUAACCACAAAAACACCUACAGCUAUAACAACCAAUGCUGCAGUCAAAACUACCACAGCUGCACCCACAACAAAAAAAGCUGCUACUACAACAACUACAUCAACCACAGCCAUCCCCAGAACAAACUUAGGUGCUCCCACAACAACUAUAUAUUUCCCUUCAACAACCACAGCUGCUCCAACAACAAUCACAGCUGCUGCAACACCCACAGCCGCUCCCACAACAACCACAACUGCUGCUAUGACAACAACAGCUGCGGCUAUGUCAACCAAAAGUUAUUCCACAACAACAGCUGCACCAACAUCUACCACAGCUGUAGCUACAACAGCUGCUGCUAUGACAACAACAGCUGCGCAGCUCCCACUACAACUUGGCUCCCACAACAACAGCGGCUCGAACAACAACUAUAGCAGCUUCUACAACAAUCACAGCUGCUCCUACAACAACCACAGCUUACCCCACAACAGCCACUGCUGCACCAACGACAACAACAACCACUGCUAUGACAACCAUAGCUUUACCUACAACCGCUACAGCUGCCCCCACAACAACCACAGCUGCUGCUACGAGAACUAUAGCUGUGGUUACGACAACCACAGCCGUCCCCACAACAGCCAAAGGUGCUCCCACAACAAGCACAGGUUCGGCCACAACAACCACAGCUGCUCCCACAACAACCACAGCAGCAACAAUGACAACUACAGCUGCUGCUACGACAACUACAGCUGCUGCUACGACAACCACAGCUUACCCCACAACAACCACUGCUGCACCAACGACAACAACAACCACUGCUAUGACAACCAUAGCUUUACCUACAACAGCUACAGCUGCCCCCACAACAACCACAGCUGCUGCUACGAGAACUAUAGCUGUGGUUACGAUAACCACAGCCGUCCCCACAACAGCCAAAGGUGCUCCCACAACAAGCACAGGUUCCGCCACAACAACCACAGCUGCUCCCACACAAACCACAGCAGCAACAAUGACAACUACAGCUGCUGCUACGACAACUACAGCUGCUGCUACGACAACCACAGCACCAACAGCUGCCACCACAACAAUAACAACACCUGCUGCCACAACAACAAUAGCUGCUGUAACUACCACCACAGCUGGCCCUACCACAACUACAGCUAA